UACGGAAAACCCAAAUGCUCAAUGCGACAAUUAUUUCCUUUUUCUCAGACACUUGUCAAAGUAUGGGGACCUAUUUGCAUUUCACCAUUUCCAUUCUACUGACUUUUAUCCAUCAAGCAGAUUUCAGCUCUGUGUUUGUGCUGAAGGGACAGGAUGUUCGUCUGGAUGUCCAGGAAAAUGUUCAACUGAGAGAGUUUGAGGUUUUCAAGUGGAGCUUCGGUUCAGCUAUUAUUGUAAGAUGCGCUGACACAUUGUCAGUGAGAGUGUCUCCUGGGUAAACAACAGGGUUGAGUUUUAUAAGGGAAACUUCUCUCUGCUACUGAAGAACCUACAGCAAAAUGACAGUGGAAAGUAUACUGCAGUAGUGAGUGGUGACAAAGAAAAUACUAUUAUUGUACACCAGUUAGUUCUCCAAGAGAGAGUUGAGUCUCCAGUCCUGACAGUUAACUUUAACUCCACCAUCAAUGUCUCCUGUAACGUGACUGUGACCUGCAGAGGUCAGAACACCUCUGUCACCUCCAGCUGUAACAGCAGCACCUGCUCUCAGGUGGGAGGAGAGAGUAGAGGGGCUGAGACCUCCACUGUCCCCCUGCUCUCUGUCUAUGUGGCAGGGGGUUCCAUCAUCUGUAACCACAGCAACCAAGUCAGCUGGGCCAACGACACCAAGGAGAUAGUGGAACUCUGUCCAAUGAAAUCUGAUUUCAGCUCUGUGUUUGUGCUGAAGGGACAGGAUGUUCAUCUGGAUGUCCAGGAAAAUGUUCAACUGAAAGAGUCUGAGGAUUUUAAGUGGCGCUUCGGUUCAGUUAAUAUUGUAAGAUGCACUGACACAUCGUCAGAGAGAGUGUCUCCUGGGUACAACAACAGGGUCGAGUUUUAUAAGGGAAACUUCUCUCUGCUACUGAAGAACCUACAGCAAAAUGACAGUGGAAAGUAUACUGCAGUAGUGAGUGGUGACAAAGAAAAUACUAUUAUUGUACACCAGUUAGUUCUCCAAGAGAGAGUUGAGUCUCCAGUCCUGACAGUGGACUCUAACUCCACCAUCAAUGGCAUCUGUAACGUGACUGUGACCUGCAGAGGUCAGAACACCUCUGUCACCUCCAGCUGUAACAGCAGCACCUGCUCUCAGGUGGGAAGAGAGAGGAAAGGGGCUGAGACCUCUACUGUCCCCCUGCUCUCUGUCUAUUUGGCAGGGGGUUCCAUCAUCUGUAACCACAGCAACCAAGUCAGCUGGGCCAACGACACCAAGAAGAUAGUCCAACUCUGUUCAUUGAAAUCUGAAUCAGAGCGGGACGAAGAGAACCAAAACUACAAUGUCGGCAUCAUCAUCUUCAUCAUCAUCAUCAUCAUCAUCUUUGUUGGAUGUGUCCUGAUUGCUUGCCAGAAGCUAAAUAAAGGUCGCAAAGAGGAGAGUAUAAACACAGAUUAUGCUUCAGUUGGGAUUCCAGGUAACAGUCAAGUAGGUGGUGAAGAGCAGAUGUCUCCAGGUCCAGCAUCACCCACCAUCUACAGUAUGGUGGGACAUCCCCAACCACCAGCCUGUUAACCACCAGCCCCUGCCUGUAGACCUCCCCAUGACUACCAUGGCCCUCAUGACCUCCAUGCCUGAGAGUUUAUAUGCUAUGGUGGGGAAAAAGACUAGCAAACAAUAAUCAGGAAUUUGAACAUCAUCUUAGGCCGGGAUUCUAUUCAAUCCUUUUAAAGGCAAUGUUCCCAUGUUCGUGUAACAACCAAAUAAAAAUUGUCACACGCUUCGUAAACAACAGGUGUAGACUAACAGUGAAAUGCUGACUUACGGGCCCUUCCUGUCACAUGUGCUCCCUCUCAAGCCACUAGGUCACCAGUCUGCUUUCUAUGGCGCACACCUGUCACAUAGUGACACGCAUCAGCUCAUUAUGACACUCACCUGGGCUCCAUCACCUCCUUGAUUACCUGCCUUAUCUGUUCUAUGUCAAGACUAAGUUGCAUGGGCCGCAGAGAGGGGAGAGGUCAAAGUGUCAUCAUGUGUAAACAUAUCUUUUGCUCCACAAUGUCUGUGUGCCAGUCAGUGUGUCUCUGUGAUUUUGUCCAGGAUUGGUUGUAUUUAGAAUUGGUUGCAUCUAAAUGACAAUUUUAUAUAUGCCUGUUGAUAUGGAGGAUUGGUUUAUGGUUCUGAGGUUGAGAGAGGAGACAAAGCUGAACAAUGAAUUAUGCCGAUGCGGUCUUAUCCUGUGUAUCUUUGCUAUAAAGGAUCCCAUUUGCCAUUGUGUUGGGACUCUCAACUUUUCAUUAGAGAUACUGAACUGUUGAAAGUCAAAAGGCUAUUGCAAUGUGGAAGGGGCUCUCAGAGAAUUCAUUGAGUUCUUUCAGCUUUUAUUUCUUUCAUCACA